UCUUUCUUCCCGCUGCAGCCGAACAAAAAAAAGGGGGGAACCCGGCACCAGCUUUGAGAAACCGAUGAGAUAAGCUUGGUUUUGGCCUUCUUCUCUUGUUCUAGAACACCUUUAGAACCCAGAAAUUUCCCCCACCCCUCUGCAGUUUCCGGAUCUGCUCUGCUUGCCCGUCCGUUGCUGCUUCUAGGCCCGAAAUUCUGGGCAUUUUUCUGCUCGUGAGCUUCCCCCUGCAAAUUCCCGCCGGCCUCUUCCCCCUGCAAGGUCCGGUUCUGCAGUUGGAAUUCUGGUUUUCGAUCGUUCUGUCAGUUAGCACUGAGAUUGAGUGCUCGGUUUUAUGUGAGUGAGGUAAGUAAAUUUAUGGUAAUGUCCGUAUAGUUUUUAAAAGCAUGUUUUGAUUUGUUUUUGAAGUGGUGGCGAGACUAAACCCGUUUUACACGAGCAUGACUGAUUUGAAGUGAAAUGUUUAUGUUUUUCAUUAAAUUGAGCAUGCCUACUUGAAAGUUUAAUUGGUUGUCCUGAUGAUCUGAAAGUUAUUAGUGAAUUGUGAUUUUUCUGUUAACUUCAGCCUGUUUUGUCUCCGAUGUGGUCAUGUUAUUAGUGACCCAGCUAGUGGGGGAGGUUAUAAACGCUAGCACAUGUUGACAUGUUAGUGAUAGAGCCGGUUCAUUCAGUGGCCCUGCUAGUGGGGAUUAUACACUAGUAAAUCGUGUGCCCGCCAGUGGGAGGUUUAUAAACGCUGGCCAUGACCUAUAGAGGAGACGUCUAUUUCGUUUCCGUACCCGUAUCGGUUUUUCGUGAUUGUACUUGUUGGCAUGCUUUAAGUUUAAUAAGGGCACUCCAUAUUUACUUACUGAGUUUAUCUCAUAGUUUUCCUUGUCCACCAUUUCAGGAAGUGAAACCGAGGACGGGGAAACCACGAGAAGUGACGAGUUAGAAGGCUAGCCAUAUUGUAAUUGGAUAUAAAUUUUAGAUAUGAAUAAUGAUCUUGUAUUUGGAGAUUUUUAUGAUAUCAAAGUAAAUUUUAAAGAUUUGAUCUUCAGAUUUUGAUGGUAUCAGAUUGUGGUGUGAUAAGUUCCGAGCCUUGUGCAUUUGUGGGACCCGUCUCACGAGUGCACGGCGUCUGUUGCGUCUCGAAAUUGGGUUUUGGGGCGUGACACCAUUGUUGGUCUGAAUAAGUUUUCUAGACCAAC